AUGGCCUCAGUAAAUUGCGCAGCUAAGGCUCUCAAGGCAAUGCAUGUCUCCAAGUCCCCGAUUAUCUUUACCAACGUCUGGGACGUGUUGUCAUUUAACACAGUCCUGUCUCUCAACGAGGGCGAUAAUAAAGCAGUGAAAGAAAUUGCUACGGCGUCGUCGGCAAUCGUUGGAGCUGCCGGAUGCUUGCCUUUAAGCGCAGACCUCCAAGAUGGAUAUGGCUCCCGAAUCGAAGAAGUCGUCACCACUGCCGUCCAGGCUGGUGUCUCAGGCGCUAAUAUCGAAGAUAGCAUCUCUUCAACUGAUUACGGAAAGAUGUACCCGUUAGACGAGCAGGUUCGUCGCCUUAAAUCUGCCCUUAAAGCAGCUACAGAGGCUGGAUGCCCUGAUUUUGUCCUCAAUGCUCGCUGUGACAUUUUUGCCCUUGACGACCCUGACCUUGAUGACGAUGCAAGACUGAAGGAAGCAAUUAUCCGCGGAAAGGCCUUCCUCGAACUUGGAGCCACGACUGUAUUCUAUUUGGGGGGCCCAAGAAGAGGACUAACAAAGGCUCAUCUCCAGACAUUGGUUAAGGAGCUCAACGGCAGGGUCGCUGCGAACCUAGGUGGUUAUGCUGGCGACCCAACUGUGUUGGAGCUGGCGGAACUCGGCGUCGCGCGCGUCAGCAUAGGGGAUGAUCUAUACCUGAUUGCAAUGAAUGCCAUUCGGAAAGCGGCUUUGGCAGUCUUUGUGGAAGGGAGAUUGCCAGCGUGA